AUGAGACUAUCUUACCGUUGUGGUCUGGCCGCACUCUUUAUCUUCGCCGUCGUCCUGAUAAAGCGCCAUCUCGACUUCCUCCAUGAUGAUACACGACCCCAAUCUGUCUGGCAGCUCAACCUAGGCGGCAAUUCCGGUUCCCAGCAGCAGCAACAGCAGCAGCCGCAAAAUCCCGCCGACCAGGGAUCAAAUGGCAAUGUCCCGGCCGUGAACCCGCCCGUCAAGAUCUCGCAGCCGACCUACGAAACGACACCGAUUAUUAUACCUAAUGACCGAAUAAUUGUGAUGGCCAAGUUGGCCGCGGAGGACACCUCAUGGGUCAGCAGUGAACUCAACGAAUGGCGAAACUUCAUCUACACCGUCGACGAUCCCAACGCCGCCCGCCACACUCCCAAAAACAAGGGCCGUGAGAGUCUCGCUUAUCUCGAAUACAUCGUGGACCACUAUCACGACCUUCCCGCGACCAUCGUCUUCCUUCACAGUCACAAAGACGGCUGGCCGGGCGCCUGGCACACGGAUACGAUGGAUUACAGCAACGUGCAGGCCGUCCGUGCCCUGCAGACUGAUUUUGUUCAACGGAACGGCUACGCUAAUCUUCGCUGCCAGCUGACGCCUGGCUGUCCGGAUGAAAUCAAACCGCGCCUGGAUUCUCACAAAUCCAGUGAGAAGGUGUACGCGCAGGCCUGGCAAGAACUGUUCAACAACACCAACGUGCCCGAGGUCGUCGGUGUGCCCUGCUGCUCGCAGUUCGCCGUUUCGCGCGACCAGGUCCUGAAGCGUCCGCUCUCCGAUUACGAGUGGUUCUACGCCUGGGUGUUGAACAAUGAAUUGGAAGACGACGUGACCUCACACGUGAUGGAGUAUACGUGGCAUAUUAUUUUCGGGCAGGAUCCGGUCUACUGUCCCGACACUUUCCAGUGUUACCAGGAUGUUUACGGAAACCCUUACUUCUGGUAA